CGCAGAGAACAAUUUGUGUUUGCACUACAAUAUGAGAGUUGUUAUCAGCUUGGACAAAGACGCACAUGUUUUAAUAACUCAUUUAUGUUCAUAGCAGUAAGAAGAAAGUUGCUAUCAUUUUGCAUACAAAGCCAGAAAGUUGCCGAAUGGGACUGCAACUUAACUAAAAGGGGAUUUUUCGCCAUGAACCUUGCAACAUGUCACUUCUGGAAUUUAACGACUGAUAGAUAUUGUGCAGUAAUUAAUAAUCACAAACCGUUCAUCACUUUUUCAAACAGUCGAGCCAUAAGUACUUUACUCGUGGCCCGACAAAACCAGCUUAUAUAUAUAUCAGUUCACUUCCUACACUUAACUUGGUGAGUAUGGUUGGAGAUGCUGUGCUUGCAGAAAAUUCCUUGUAUCGUUUCUCUUAUUCUUAUGUGGACAUUAUUUUGUUCCUGAUCAUGGUCAAUCUAAAAAUUUGACUUGAACAAUCGUAAGUUUCAGAGGAUCAUAGACUUCAUAUGUUUUACUGUAAAAGUUAUUCCUGUUUUAACAUUGGAAGUAAUAAUAAGUUGUGUUUUCAGAUGAUUAGUGCUUAGUGUUGUAUCACAUCAGAAGACAAGUCAAGGGCGAGUUCAUGCUCAAGCCGCUGAUUUUAAGUACGCAGCGGAUAAACCUGCUUUGCUGUUCAUCAAAGUUCACAACGUUCUGUUACUCAUUUGUUAUGACCAGUCCUGAAGAUCUCAGUAGUUCAGAAAUACAAGCUUUUAUCACCAAAGUUAAAAGUUUACCCGGUGGAACUAACAUUCAGCAGGAUGAAGCUGAAAAAGCCGCUCAUUUGUACCUCAGAGCUCGCAAGAGAGAUGUGGAACGUGCUGUGGAAUUGUACAAAGCUAACAAGCGAAUGCGCUAUACCGAAAAUGUAGAUUCAAUCGAUCCUUUAGAAGAUGGAGUUCGACGUGAACUUUUAUCUGGUAAAUUUACUGUAUUACCUACUCUUCCUGAUGACGAAAUGGAUGCAACUGUUGCUAUAUUUACAGCUUAUCGUCAUUGGCCUCCUUUAACUACGCAUAGAGAUACUUUAAAAGGUGUUUUAUAUCAGUUAGAUGCAGUAAUGAUGGAUGAACAGUCGCAAAGAAAAGGACUUGUGGUACUGUACGAUAUGCGUGAUACAAAAUAUUCCAAUUUCGAUUAUCAUCUUUGCAUCAAAUUGUUAAAUUUAUUCAAAGGUGUUUAUCCAGCUCGUCUGCGUAAAGUGAUUAUCAUUGAACCACCAUUUUGGUUUCGAGCUCCAUUCAAUGUACUGCGAUUAUUUGUUCGUGAAAAGAUGCGAGAUCGGAUAUAUUCUGUUGGUUAUGAUGAAUUAAAUGUACAUUUGCCAAAUUCCACAUUGAAACGUUUAUUUGGUCAAUUAACAUUAAAUCAACAUUUUGAUUGGUUAUUAAAUUGUUUUAAACGUACUGGUCAUUUUUCACGUAUGCCAACUGAUUAUUUUAAAUUGUCACAAUUAUCAUCAUUAAGACCAUCUGAUUCAAUUUAUUCAGCAUUACAUAAUCCUUUACUAGGCAAUGAAUUAAUUGUUCAACUUGAUUUAUACAAUAAUAAUUAUAAUCAUGAGAAUGUUGAUGAUAAUACUGACAAAAUUAUUACUAAUGGUAGUAUUAAUAGUAAGGGUAUUUCUCUGUCUUCUAUUCAUGGAUCAUUACGUGUUCCUGUGAAAAAUCGACGAUGUUCAGAUGAUUUUUUGCAUACAACUAUCAUAACAGCUUCGUCAUCAUCACCUAUAACGACAAUAUCCAGAUCAUCAUUUUCUUCCAUAGUUCAUGGAUCAACACAACCACAACAUUAUAAUACAAUAAAUGGAAGAAUUUCACCAUUAACACGGCCAAUAGGAGAUACUGUUGGUUUACAAACAUCACCAUUACCACGUCGUGGACUAUUGACUAAUAAUCGUAUGACUGAUUCAAUGUUUGAAACAUCUAUUAGUCAUAAUAAUAAAGGUUGUACAUCAUCUAUGUUUCCUAAUGAACGACGUGUAUUCUAUCGAUCUGAUCGUCAUCUUUCUCAUUCCAACUCAUUUAGACACAGAACUAAUAUAAUAACAACACUAGCUAAUAAUAUCAGCAGUGUUAGUAAUGGUUCAAUAUAUUCGACUCAUAAUUCUUCUUCUAAAGAUCAAUUAUAUGUUACUAAUCCUUUGUCGGAAACACGUUUGUCUGUAUCGGAAUUUAUCACCAGAGUGCAAAGUGUUGGUUCUAUUGGAUUAACUUUAGAAUUUGAUGCAUUAUUUAAAGAUAGUCCUGUGAAAGGUGCUUGUACACGUUUUGCACAAGCAUCAAAUAAACGUCGUAACCGUUAUCUAGAUGUUCCUUGUUUAGAUUCAACGGCUGUGGAACUAUCAGAUAAUACUUAUAUACAUGCAAAUUGGGUUGAUGGUUAUCAAUGUCCACGUGCAUAUAUAUUAGCUCAAGGUCCACUAGAGAAUACAAUACGUGAAUUUUGGAUGACUGUUUGGGAGCAUAAAGUCAUCACCAUUAUAAUGCUUACCAAAAUUGUCGAAGGUCAACGUCCUAAAUGUGCAUUGUAUUGGCCAACAAGAAAUUGUUCUUCCUCCUUGUCAAAAGACCAAUCUAUUCCGCGUAGUAGUAUUCAUCCAGUGGAUACAAAAAUCACCCCAACAAUCAGUGCUAGUUAUGGAGAAUUUCAAGUGACUAAUUGUGGUGAAUCUAUUGAAGCUGGUGGUUUAUACAAACGAAGUGUUUUAGAAGUGACAUGCAAAUCUUCAGUAAAUGAUGUCCAUAAAUUUACUACUCAUAUUGGUGUUAGUAGAUUAGAACGCAAUCGACAAAAAUCUAAAAUGAAUGUUCAGAAUUCUCUCAAGGAAUCCAAUGAUAAUAAUACUUUGUCAGAUAAUAAGUUAACAGUGUAUCAUUAUUUAUAUUUGGGUUGGCCGGAUUUCGAUGUUCCAGCGGAUUCCGAAGAAUUUUUGAAAUUUCUACUAACUGUUAAACAAAGUCAUAAAUCAAGAUCAAAAUUAUUAUUCUCAUCAUCACUGUCAUCUUCGUCAUCGUCGUCGUCAGUACCACCAACAACAACGUCAUCAGGAUCGUCAAAUCACAAAACAACUUCACAAUCCGAUUCUCUGUCCCCAUUACUGGUACAUUGUAGCGCUGGUAUUGGUCGUACAGGAACAUUUGUUACAACAGAUAUUUGUUUACAACAAGCACUAAAUGAAGGUUAUCUUGAUGUACCAGAUGUGAUUAAUCAAUUAAGAUGUCAACGUGCCGGAGCUGUACAAGUUGCUAAACAAUAUGCAUUUAUUCAUCAAGCACUUGUAUCACAAUUAUCAAAACAACAAAUCAAUAAGAAUGAUGGUAACCAUCACAAUAGUGGUGGUGGCGGGGAUAAUGAUGAUAUUACUGUACUGUAAAUAUUCACCCCUUCCCUAAAUCUACUCAUCUAUGAAACCUUCAUAUAUUUACUCAUUGUGAUAAAUCAAAGCAAGAUUAUUAUUAUUAUUGUUAUCAUUAUUAUUGUGCUUCUUUGUCGUCGUCUUUUUCUUAUAUGACCUACUAAUACCUCUCUCUUGUUGAUGUGUGCCUUUUUUUCGACUAUUUUUUUUUCUUUGAAAAAAUUGCUUCUCUAUUUUGUGUAGUUUGUAAUGUUUUAUCUUUGAACAGUUCAAUUUCUGUUUUGUCACUGUGUAUUUCUUUUGUGUAUGUUCACAUUUAUGCGUGCAUAUUUGUUUGUUUUUUUCACUGAGAGUUUUAUUAUUAUUAUUAUUACUAAUUAUUGUCUAUUUCCCAUUGAAAUUGUACACAGAAAUAUCACUGAUUUUUUUCUUUAAAUUUUUUGUUUUCUGUAUACAGUGCAUCUAUCUCAAUUUUCUCUCUCCUCCCCCCCCCACACACACAUUUCACAUAUACAUAGAGAUAAACUCAUCCACAAUGUUAAUCACAUUAGAUCUUUUUAUAUAAUUCGAUUAAAUCAUUGAAUGUGUAAAAUUUGACCAUGAUCACAACCACAUUAGUCAUUGUUUGAUAUAAUAAUCAUAAUAGACUAAUUUCUAAAUCCAUCUUCUUCACAUAUUGCUGGACUUCCACCACCACCACCAUCACUACAUCUAUCAUAUGCAAUUAAAUUUAAUAAUUUAAAUUAUUAUUUAAAAAAAUAAAAAUCAAUAAAUACACUUUGUAAAUAAAUACUUUUGUGUGUGUGUGUGUGUUAUUUAUUGAUUUUUCCCAAUAUUAAAUAAAAUCCAUAAAUAUGUAUAAUUAAUUAUCGCGCAUUCAACGAUCAAUAUUACAAUUAUUAUAGAUUAUUACUGUUUAAAUUAUUCUUUAUUUGCAUUUCCGUUAAAAAAAUUUUUUUAAUUAUUAAAAGAGUGCAUUCUAGUUUAUAAAUAAAAAAAACUGAGUCAUAACAUUUAAGUACAUUUGAUUUUAUUAAUUAUUAUUAGAUUGUAAUAAUGUACACUAUCUAUCCAUCCAUCCAUCUAUCUAUCUGUUUACCUACUUAUCUACCUAUAUUAAUGAUUUAUAAAUUGUAAAUAUAUAUAUAUAUAUAUAUUACAUCAUUUAUGUUUUAUAUUAUAAUGUAUUAUCAUUAUAAUGUUCUAUUUUCUUCUUCUUCUUCUUCUCUCAUUUAGUAUAUGUUCUCUAUACAUUUUGUUUGUUUGUUUGUUUUUAUAUUAUUUUUCUAUAUACUACUAUUAUCAUUUGAUGUGUAUUAUAUUCAAUGCAUCACUUAAUAGCUUUUGUUUAAAUGUUUCUUUUCUUCUCAUAUUCCCCACCUCCUGUUUAAAAAAACAAACAACUCGUAUAUACAUACAUACUGUACAGUUAAUUUAAUCGUUUACUGUAUGUUCUAGUUGAAUAUCUUCCAUUGAACAUAGAUAGUCUAGAUAUACAUAUAUGUGUUAUUGAAACUUCACACAUUUUGUUAAUAUCAAUGACAAUAAUACUGUUUCCAAGAUAUUUAUAUAUAUAUAUAUUACUUAAAUUUAUGAAUUGGAUAUUUAUCAUCACAUGUUAACAUCAACCACAGUAACAUUUAGGAAAAAAAAACAACAACCCAGAAAACACUCUACACCUAGUUCAUGCUAGUUUUAAAUUCCAAUAGCAUUGUUCACUAAAGAUUCAUUUCAUAAAUCAAUUAUACAAUAUCUUAAUUAUACUAUAUUUGUAUUACAAAUGUAUUUUCUUAAUUCAAUUAUUGUGAUGUAUAAAAUAGAUCAUGUUGGAAAAAAAAAUUAUAUCUUGUUUAUUCAUGGGGAAUUGUUUGUUACUUUCACUUUUUUAUAAUUCAAAAGAUAAAUAAAUCAUUGACUAUGUGGAA